AUGUACAAGCUUCUCGCCCUCUUCGGUACCGCCUCGGCCGCCGCCGCCGCCGCCCCGGCUCCCUCGCCGCUCGCCAUCGUGAUCGACCCCGCCAUGGAGGUCUUCACCAAGGGCGUCGACGCCCUCACCGAGGUCUCCGGGUGGGUGCUCGCCGUGCCCCAGAGCCUCGCGGACGCCGCGGUCUGGUGGAUCGACCUGAACCUCGGCAUGCCCGCGCUCAUCCGCGACGUGCUCACGGGCGACUCCGCGACCCUCGACAAGCUCGUCGACCUCAGCGUCAACAUCAGCGGCAUCGUCUUCGUCGUCUACGUCGCGCUCUGCGCGAUCAACCUCUUCCUCUCGACCGCCGAGAGCAUCCGCGACUACCACAAGGGCUUCCUCACGCUCCCGAAGGCCGACUCCGUCCUCGGCGUCAAGAUCCCCAAGGAGAUCGCCGACAUGCUCAACGCGGUCCGCGGCCCCGUCCAGAGCAUGCUCCUCGACCCCGUGAAGAAGUGGAAGCACAAGACGAUCGUGCCCCUCGAGGGCGGCGACGGCUCCUCGCUCGGCGGCACCAUCGCGACGGUCACGUCCGCGACGGCGGCCUGCCUCCUCCUCUCCGCGGCCCCGGCCGUCCUCGACCUCGCGCGCGGCGGCGCCAACAAGGGCAGCGCCGAGGCGCUCGCCUGGACGCUCGGCACCGCGCUCGGCCUCAA